AGUUUGACAACCCCACCCAGUUCUAACCUCUACUUCAAAAGGAAUCUUAGGAUUUUUCAAUAAAUCCUACUUGGAUUUUCGGGUCCUAAAUACACAUUAAUCAAAAUGUCUGACCUUCCUUUUGGACCCCCACAACGCGUGUCGCCACUCAUCAGGUUCGGCCGCUGGUCCUUCCUCGGCGCCGGCAUCCUAUACGGAGCCUUCCACCAGAACAGGCUCUCCAAGAAGGAGACAAAGCUGCGUGAGAUUGAGGCCAAGGAGAAGGUCAUCAGGGACGAGAAGCUGAAGAAGGAGAAGGCGAUUGCUGCUGCAGCUGAAAUCAAGGCUCUGGAGGAGAUGGUUGCCCCCAAAAAGUGAACACCUGAGGACUAAUACUAGUUUUAAGUAAAUAGUGAUCAACGCCAUCUUGAAAAGGGUUGCCGGUUUAAAGAAUUUGUGAUUUUUUAAACUGGCAAUGUUAUUCCAUCAGUAAAUUAUGAUACGCAAUAUAGGUGAUUAUUAUUA